AAGUAAUCUCAUCCUGACAUCACCCCCUUUUUCGUACUGCCUUUUAGAUGGCUAACAUUUACCAACCAUUUUUCAGAUCAGGACAUUAUCCCCAGCACUAAAGAAGGCAAGAAUUGCUCCAUCUUCUCAGGUAAAAUAUCCUGAACUCUCGCCUUGUAAGUCAUUAUUCGAUUCUGACAACCAUUUUUAUGGUGUUACUAUUAAGCAUAUGCUAGCUGGGACUUCCAGUCAAUCAACCCCUCCACAUGGGACUUCUGAUGCUGGGGUAGCCACUUCCCUGCAGAUGGUCAUGCUUCUCUCCCCUCCUGGCUCCAAUUUCGACGAGAUUAACUUGAAGCAGGCACAAGAUUCUCCAGACAACAUGUUUUCCUUUCAGAUUGCGGCUGCCUUGCAAGAAGAAGAGCCAUCAUCGGCUGAAUCAGCGGUACUGCCAGAAGGCGUCAGGAUCAAGCUCCAGGAAAUCCUCUCUUUUCUGAACCAUAAUAUUGGCCAAUUGGUUCGAGAUGCCGAGCCGAUUCGUGCUGUUCUGAAGUCUUUGGAAGGCCAGCUCCCUAAGCCGAUCGAAGAAGCACUAAUUCCUGCGGCAUUCAUCGACAGCCACCAGGUACAAGUUCUCAGGGCUCAGAAGUGUCUCACCGAUUGUCUCCAACAAAAACAAAUUGCCAAGCAGAGAGAUGAUCUCAAAGGUCUGGUGAAUUCCACCUGUGAAGAGAUUGACUCGCUGAAUAGUGCUCAGGCCAAUCUGCAAAAGACUAAAGGCGAGCUAGAGGCCAAACGGGAUCAUCUUCUUUAAGAGCUCAACCGAGUCAACUAGGAUAUCGAUGCUGUGGAUAACGAACUCUCUCAAAUUCUAUUGGCCCUUGAGAAGCUUAAAGCAGAGAAACAAGAAAAAGCCCACUGAGCCUACCAGCUUCACAAGAACAUUUAGUCGAUUCCUGGCUCCGCCGACGAUGAUAACAGAGCAACCAGGAAGCUGAUGAAAUUCGCUUGCGUGCGAUAAAUGUGAUCCAAGACUCAUUGGGGUCACUGUAAUAGAUCUGCACAUUUAGCUCUGUGAUGCAAACACUUUAGCUCCACCGUGAUGUAUGCUUGUGAUGUGAACUCCUCUAGCUUCAUGCAUACUG